AUGAACACAACUGUUGAUUACAAUGGUGUAAAAGGGUCUAUGCCAGUUGCAUCUCAUAUCGAUCAGAUCCCGGGAACUUCAAAGGGGCAUAAGCAAGUUGCAUCAAAGACGUUAACCCAAGAUAUGCAGGCUAAGCAGGGUUAUGAAACUUCCAUAAGACGUCGUAUUAAGGUACACAUGCAAGGGAUAGCAGUUGAUCGUGCUGUUGACUUGACUGCAUUGAAAGGAUAUGAUGAUCUCAGAAAUGAGCUGGAGAAAAUGUUUGAUAUCAAGGGAGAGCUUUAUUGUGGCGGUCAGUGGACUAUUGUUUUUAUUGAUGAUGAGGGUGAUAUGAUGCUUGUGGGAGACGAUCCUUGGGUGGAAUUUUGCAACAUGGUAAGAAAGAUCUACAUAUAUUCAAGUGAGGAGGUGAAAAAGAUGAGUUCAAGUUGCAAAUUACCUUCCUCAUCUUUGGAGGGUUAA